UAAUGAUUCGGGCUCGAAGCACAGCUGCUGUUUCUGGUGAACUAGUUCCGUGUUUAUCAGUUUAUUAUUAAGUAAAUCGACAUCAGCAGAGACAGUACAAUGAUACAACAGGGCAAUACUAAACCGACUGUGGAUGGCUGGAAGGAAGAUAAAACCCUUGGUUCUGGAGGGUUUGGUACUGUAGUUCUGUGGAAAAAUGAGGAAACAAAUGAAGCAGUUGCUAUCAAACGAUGUAGAGUUCAAAAUGAGAUGACUGACAAGCAUCGUCAGCGAUGGUCUUUGGAAGUAGAUAUUAUGAAACGCCUUGAUCAUCCAAAUGUGAUUUCUGCACGAGAAGUGCCACCAGCUUUGGAUGUGAAAGAAAAUGAACUGCCAUUGCUAGCUAUGGAGUAUUGUUCUGGAGGGGACCUCAGGAAGGUAUUGAAUAAACCAGAGAACUGCUGUGGACUGAAAGAGUAUGCGAUCCAGUGUUUGGUUGCGGAUAUAGCUUCAGCUGUUGAGUACCUCCACGGCAAGAGGAUUAUUCACAGAGAUCUCAAGCCAGAAAACAUAGUGUUGAGUCUUAUAGAGGAAAAGAUUGUUUACAAGCUGAUCGAUCUAGGAUAUGCCAAAGAGUUGGACCAAGGCAGUGUGUGUACAUCAUUUGUUGGGACGUUACAAUACCUUGCUCCUGAGUUAUUUGCCAGUCAGAAGUAUACAUGCACAGUGGACUACUGGUCAUUUGGGACAGUGGUGUUCGAAUGUAUCACCGGCUACAGACCAUUCCUACCAUCAACACCUCCUGUUGCAUGGCACAAGGAAGUUUGUCAGAAAUCACCAGAAGAUAUUUCUGCGAUUCAUGAUAUAAAUGGCGAUGUUAAGUUUUCCAAGAAACUUCUGUACCCUACCAGUCUGUGUAGAACACUCCAGGUUUAUUUUGAGAAAUGGUUGCAAUUCAUGCUGCGAUGGGACCCAAAGUCGCGUGGUGGGGGUCUGCUGGACGGGCGACCGCGCUGCUUCAGUUUGUUGGAUUCCAUGCUAAACAUGAAGAUUAUCCACAUUCUAAAUGUGGCCACCAACCAGCUGCUGUCAUAUCCCCUGACUGAGGAGUUCUCCAUGCAGCAGCUGAUGAAAGUGAUUGAGCAGGAGACAUCAAUCCCAGUUAAGGAACAAGAUCUGCUACUGGCCAGUGGUGCCUCACCUGACCCUAAGCAGUCUGCCGCCCAGUGCUGGAUUAACCCUAGUGAUGAAGACUGGGUGGUAUUCCUUUUUAAGAAAGGCGGAUCUUCAGAGAUUCCAACUAAAUUUAAACCGCUCCCCACACGUGUGCAGCACAUUGUGCGAGACCCAACAACCCUUCUACCACAUCCGGAGCAGAAGAAGGCAUGGGCCGAGUGUGUAUUUUUCUGUGCUGAACAGGUGGUUGACUAUAAGCGCCUGAUCCUCAGUCAGAGGGCAGCCAUGCUCAGUCUGCUGAGGACUAAUUCAGAUUUUAUUCGUCUGAAGUCUAAGAUGGUAAACGAGAGCGAUUACAUGAUGGCAAAGAUUAAAUUUUUCCAACAAAGUUUAAGACAUGAUAUGGCAUGCUACAAGGACCAGCUGUCAAAUGGGAACCUAACUGACUCUGGUGAAUUGUAUCAAAAGUGGCUUCAAAGUGGUGAAGACAUGAACGAAUAUGGUGCUAUAAAAGAAGAGUGUAAUAGACUUGACCAGCAGUCCACAGCAUUGCAGACCAAAAUUGUGGAGUUACAAAGGAGUCCUUUUGCACGAACAAAUAGGAACAACGUUUUAGAAGACAUGGAGAAGACUUCAAGGGAUUUGUACCAGGAAUUGAGACAAUCUGGCAGAGCACCUGGUAGAGAAAACUUGCGAGAUCACCGCCCCAUGGUGACGGCUGUGGUCAAGUGUGUGAUGACCCGUGACAAGAACCUCCAGGACUUGUACAGACAUCUUGUAAAGAUAGCUUCUUGUAAGCAGGAGCUGUACAAAAUCUUGCCUGGAAUUGAAAGGUGUUGCAGAGAUAUAAGCAGUGCAAAUGAGCAAUUAAUCAAAUGUCAGAAGCGACGCCAGUCGGAAAUCUGGCAGCUCUUUAGAAUGGUGGGUGGUGAAAUCAAUCGACAUGGAAGCAGUGGUCAGGCCAGCAUCUCUGUCUCAAUUUAUGGCAAUGAAUCUCUGGAGUCUCUGCAAGUGGUUGAGGACUCCAAGGAAACACAUAAAAAGCUCGGUCAAAUGCUUCAAGAUGUUCUUCAAGCUCAAAAUGAUCUGACAUUAAACUUGGAUUGGGAUUCAAUACCAUUGGCCGACACCUGACUUAGAUGUACACUGAAUGACCGGGUACACUGGAGACUUAUUUAUAUACAUGAUGGAGUCCUCCUAUCUGUUACAGCCUUAAACCAUGUUUAGUGAUAGAUGUGAGUAGUUUGAGUAGUGGCUGUAAGUGUGCAAUUGGUUAUAACAUUGGCUGUUAACAUACAGCAGGUGUCAACGGCUGGACUCAAUACUCAUGGCUGUUACAUACAAUGAGUUUCAGCUGCUGGACUCUAGACAUACAGGGGCAGGUGGCUGUUAUGAGACAGUGUGUUUCAAAAGUUUAACUUAAAUAAUAUACAGUUACAGGCUGUUACAUAGUGAAUUUCAACUACGGGACUCCGAUAUACCGGUCGCUGUUAUCAAAGAGUGUGUUUCAAAAGUUUAACUCAAAUAUACAUGUAUCUGCGACUGUUAACAUCCAGUGGGAUACAGGGCGGCUCUAAAAAUAUGUUGCUGUUAGCAUUGCCGGUACUUAUAAUGCUGAUGUCUUAUAUUAUCACUUCAUAUCUGUAAAAACAGCUACAGCGAAAAGCAUCUACUUUUAUUUAUGUUUAGGAAAUGCUGUCAAAGUAUAAAGAUGAGUCGUUUUAUAAUAUAUGUUUUUAAAGAACGUAUUGUAAACCACUGGAACUCACUACCCGAUACUGUCGUCACCUCACAAACAAGUAAAACAUUUGAAUCUGGUCUGGAUAAGUAUUGGGGACAACCUGAUUGUUUCUAUAACCAUGAGAUAGACAAUAAUGAACUUAUUCAUUGCCGGGACGUCAGCAUAGUGUCCGACUAUAUUCCAGAUCUGGAUAUAUAGGCAUAUUGCCUGCGUCCAGUUUUAUUAUUAUUAUUAUUAUUAUUAUUAUAAGCUCAUGCAUCUGAGCAUUUGAGCUUUUAUUUUUUGCUAGUUUGUACGUUAGAUGGAAUCACUUCAUAAGUGACCUUCAGCUACUUCAAGAACACAGGGCCAGGUUAAGUAUGUAUCUGUUUGGGGUUUUACAUAUUUGCUAAGGUCAUAUAUAUGAAGAUGGUAUUCUCGGGUAAAGGAGCCACUAAAAGGUCACCUCACUGAAAUGUCACAAUCUGUAGCAUGAUGCUUUACCCGGUCAUAUACUGAUAACAGACUUACCAAUCCUUACCGCCACCCUCUCAAAGCUUAAUUUCAAGCGAAGGGAAGUAAGUUCCAAUUUUCAGGACUUUGGUUUGUCCCAGUCAAGGUACUGCAGUUCCCAUAACCUUCCACAAUUGGGUGAACAGUUAAAUUAACAAAAGUCAAAAGGAAAGUAUUUCAAAGAAAGGUGUUAGGAAGUGAAAAAUAGUUAUAAAGGGUGUAAGGAAACAAAAAAAUACAUGUAGUUAAAUGUGAGAUUAAAUGGAUCUGAAAUGUUGCAAAUGGUGCAGUGUAUUUAUUUUGAGGGCUUAUAUGGGUCCCCAUGCAGAGGGCACAAAAGUAAAUCUCCAAUGAUGAAGGGUAGUCUCUGCAUGAGUUGCAUUUGUUGUAGUGGGUAACAAUAGGAAUGUUCUUUUCGGAAAUCCCAAUCUGCAAGAAUCAUAAAGUCUAGAGCCAUUAUCUAUGGCUAUGUUUUGUAGUCAAGCAGUGUACAUUUUUCUGAUAUAUUGUACCGAGAUCAAAAGUCAGCUUCUAAAACUGUCUGAAAUCAAAGUUCAACAUGGACUAUUUAAAGUAAAAAGCAUUAAAAGUUUCAUAAAACUCAGACUCAUAAUAUUGGCCAGUAAGUACCUGGAUAAAAGUUUCCUCACAUAAAUGACCUUGACAUAAUUUCCUGGUUGAAACAAAAUUUCGCUCAGAGAAAGGGCUUCAUGAAUUCUAAGUUUAUAUGAUCUCCCUGGAUGAGUCUUUGGGCAAUACAUGAUCCUGAAACCUGUUUAUGAUAGAUCAAAGUCAAAGGUUAAACUGAGGUUGCAAUGUUGUCAUUUUGGUACGCAACAUAACAGUCUCAUGAUGAACAACUUAGUGUCCAUACAUUAAAGAGUAGCCAAAUUAUGCUAUUGAAUCCUAUGUUUCUACAUCCAAGAUCAAAGGUCAUGGUGACCAUAUUUUGAUUUGCGACAGCUGUCUCAUGAAGUACCUAUAUAUACUAAAGUCCAUACAUGCGAAAGUGGCCGAGAUAUGCUCUGUAAACCUGUGUUAUGUUACUCUUUUCCUAGGUGACACAGCACUUUCUCAUUAUGUACCUACAUACAAAUAUGAUAUACAUGCAUGAAAUAGUGGUCAGGAUACAGUGUAUGCUCCU